AUGGGUUUAAAUGAGGUAUCCCAGGCCCAAGCGGUAACUGUGAGUCUUCAGGAACUGGUUGAUGGCACCGUCUCCUUCGACGCUCUGACAGAAGCGUUCGGCCCCUCCUCACUAGGAAUAAUCAUCGUCAAAGACCUCGAUACCAAAUUCCAACAACUGCGCUCCGAGGUACUUUCGAACGCAUCCUCCCUCGCUGCUCUUCCUGAGGACGAACUAGAAUCCCUCACCAGUCCAGCCGCGAAAUACCUCGUCGGCUGGUCCCGCGGCAAAGAAACCCUCCGCUCCGGCCACUUCGACACGCUGAAGGGCUCCUACUACAUCAACUGCGCCUUCUACCAAAACCCCACCCUGCAGUCCGCCCCCGCAGACGGCUUCCCUGAUGCGUCCGAGUACACGACGGACAACAUCUGGCCGGCUGCAGAGCGACUGCCACGGUUCCGGGAGAGCGUCGAGGAACUGUGUAGGACGAUCAUCGACACCGCGGCGCUGGUUGCUAGGGCUUGUGAUCGGUAUGCGAUGGCGGAGAUUGAGGGGUAUCAGGGGGGUUAUUUGGAGAGGGUUGUUAGGACGAGUUUGACGACAAAGGCGCGGCUGUUGCAUUACUAUCCUUCCAAUGAUACAAACAGCGGGGAUGAAACUAAAGAUAGCGAAGCCAACGACGACGACUGGUGCGCAACACACCUCGACCAUGGCUGUCUUACAGGCCUCACAUCAGCCAUGUUCCUCGACGAAACCUUACCCCCACCCCUCACCGAACUCAUAACCUCCCCAGACCCCCGCGCAGGCCUGUACAUCCGCUCGCGAACAGACCAAAUUGUCAAAGUCAACAUCCCCAAGGACUGUCUUGCAUUCCAGACAGGUGAGGCGUUGCAGUCGAUUACGCGGGGGAAGUUUCGGGCUGUGCCGCAUUUUGUCAAGGGGGCUAGAGGGGAAGAGGGGAGGAUUGCGAGGAAUACGCUGGCUGUGUUUACGCAGCCAAAUUUGGGGGAGGUUGUGGAGGUGGAUUCAGGUAAGGUGUUUGGGGAGUUUGCGAGGGAGGUCGUUGAGAGGACUUAUUGA